UCUGAAAAAUGCCAUCAAGCGGCGUGUGACUCUGCUGCCGAGUUUAUACUCCUCUUCUCCGUCGGCGCCCGUCCGCCGCCGGCCACCGCUGCCGGACCUUUCCGGCGUCCGACAGGGCCGCCCGGAUGUCAGUCUCCGUCUCUUCCCUGGUUCAAAGUUGGAGCCUUUCCCCUGUCUUCUAUUUCUUUGAUCAUUUCCUACCGAGCUUCUCCUCCCCACUUCGUCCUUAGAACCCUAGUCUGGAACUGUAUUCUGGGGUUUCUCCAGCAUCCAAAAGCCUCGGGUUUUGCUUCAGAUUCCAGGAACCAUGGCAAGCAAAGCUAGUGUUGACAGUAGGGAACCGGUGAAUGAGCAAGCAAUUGCAAAUAUAUAUGCAGCCAUGCGCUCUGAUAUCAACCAGCUCUACUCAAAGAUCACGGAGUUGGAGAUCGAAAUUAGUGAGCAUUCCCUUGUAAUUGGUGCAAUACAACCACUCGAUCCCUCUAGGCGCUGCUAUCGGAUGGUUGGCGGUGUGCUGGUUGAGAGGACGAUUAAGGAGGUCCUGCCUGCAGUGCAGCGCAACAAGGAGGGCCUUGAAGAGGUCAUUGCUCGCCUUAACGAGGCAUUGGAGAAGAAGAAAAAAGAGAUUGAGGAGUUUGAGCUGAAGCAUAAGAUCAAGAUCAGAAGAGCAGACAGUGAGGCUAAGGACGACAGUAAUCAUAAAGAAGGUUCCGCCCAGGGUGUUCUUGUAGGUCCAGCAAAUGAGUAGGGUGAGGGAUGCUACAAGAAGUUAAAACAGUUGAAACAUUUAGAUGAAUAUGUGGUUGAGGUUAAUCAUAGGAACUAAAUUUUGUGCACGGGUAAUGUUAUAUUUUUUUGUCGAACAUAUUUGUGUAGGUAAGUGCUGUGACUGCUUCCUCUUAGACAAAUCUUUAGUUUCAUGUGAAGAGUUUUAGUC